AUGGGUAGAAAAUUAUACUAUGUGCUGGCCACUUUGCAAUUGGUUGCUGUAUUUCUCUUCUGUGGAGGAUUCUUUCCGCAAAAGGUUGUUUUGAAGAAUGAUUCUAAAUUCAUUGUGAAUCCGGAGGUACAACUGGCCUCUAAACCCGUGUUCAAGAAACUAGUGUUGGUUGUAAUUGAUGCUCUGCGGAGUGAUUUCUUGUUCCAGAAAGAUUCUUCAGACUUCGAAUUUUUACAUGGACUAUUGAACUCAGGCGAGGCCUGGGGCUACACAGCUUAUUCAAAUCCGCCAACUGUAACUCUGCCGAGAUUGAAGGGGAUAACGACGGGAUCUGCUCCGAAUUUCUUGGAUGCUAUUCUAAAUGUUGCUGAAGAUGAUACAUCAUCAAACCUAAAAGAACAAGACUCGCUACUGAAGCAAUUUCACACGCACCACUACAAGAUGAAUUUCUUUGGCGAUGACACAUGGUUAAAAUUGUUUCCGUUAGAGUUCUUCUCAGAGUAUGACGGUACUAACUCCUUCUUUGUCAGUGAUUUCGAAGAAGUGGACUUUAACGUUACCAGACAUGUGCCUUAUCAAAUGGAGCAUCAAAAGAAUUGGGACGUACUGAUUUUGCAUUAUUUAGGUCUCGAUCAUAUUGGUCACAAAGGUGGUUCUAAGUCCCAUUUCAUGCCAUCGAAGCAUCGGGAAAUGGAUUCUGUGAUCAAACAAAUAUAUGAAAAAAUUGACGGGGAUACUCUGAUGGUUGUUCUUGGAGAUCAUGGCAUGAAUGAUUUGGGAAACCACGGAGGGUCUUCUUCUGGUGAAACAAGUGCUGCCCUAGCGUUCUUGUCUAAAAGGUUAAAAAAGUAUCAAAGCUCUGAUAUUCAGCAAUCCUCUAAUGUGCCCGUUGAAGAUGCUCAUCCAGACUACAAGUACUUGAAAGAAGUAGAACAAAUCGAUAUUGUUCCAACGUUGAGUAUGCUUUUCAAUCUUCCAAUUCCUAAGAAUAGUAUGGGUGUUAUAAUUGAUGAGCUCCUGCAAUUGCUUCCAUCCAAGUUAGCAGCGAUUAAAGUGCAAGAUAAUUAUCUACAGUUAACUAAGUUGAAACCAGGCUAUGAAGCACAACUCGAGAAGAAAAGUGCAGGAACUCUGUUGGAGGAGAUGAGGGAAAUUCAAUCUUCUUUAGCAAUGGCUGCUACAAAUUACAAUUACACUUUCUUAACUUAUGGUACUACUCUCAUGAUAAUUGGAACGCUCAUAGUCACGGUAUGGAAUUUCCAACUAAGUCAGGAAUAUAUUGAACAUGUUGGUACUUCGGUGCUAUUAGGAAUAAGCAUGUUUGCAAGUAGUUUUAUUGAAGAAGAACAUCAAAUAUGGUGGUGGAUCACGAUAUCCGUACUUCUACUGAUGCAAAUAUCGAACGGGAAAAAACUGGUUGUGCUAUCUGGAUUAAGGCUGAUUCGUGGUUGGAACAAUAGUGGCCAAAAAUAUAUAUACGACAAUGUUCUACACACUCUUUUAAAAUCACAUACAUCAGUCCUAUGGUGGUUAAAUGUAGUGACUUUCUUGUCCGUGGGUUUCCCAUUUUUGAGAAACAAAGACGAAUCAGAGAAAAUGGUAUCAUUACUCUCCGUGUCCUUUUUGGCCUUGUCCUCGAUAACUUACAAAAUAUGCUUUGCUAUUGUUAACGGGGAUAAAGUCCCAAGCGGUCUAUACACAUUCGCACUUAGAUCAUGCGCCAUGUAUCUAGCUAAUGAAAAUGCUACAGAAUCAGAUAUUUCACAAUGUUUAGUGCCUAUCGCUCGGAUUUUCUUCCAAAUAUGUGGUGUAUCUAUUAUAAUCCUUCUUUUCAUGAAAUACGCCUUGAAUAAAAGCACCAAUAUGUUAAACAAACUACUGAGUGUUAUAAAAUUCGUCUUGUUGCUCCAAACUUCAUCUGCAAAUAUCCCAUUGUUUCUAAUAUUUGAAAUACUGACUAGCGUCACACCGGACAUCACACCAAUUUUCUCAUUAUGUCUACAAAACCUCACUUUUUUCCAAUUUGGUGGUACGAACUCCAUUGCAACUGUCAAUCUAACUAAUGCAUACAAUGGUGUUAGUAGCAACUAUAACAUAUACGUUGUUGGUGUAUUAAUGUUCUUGUCUAACUACGCACCAUCCAUCUACUGGGCUCUCUCACUAAUUCCUCAAAGCUACAAACAGAAGACACUACGCUUGCAGCAUUACUAUAUCACCGGAACAUGUCUAAUGAUAGCGUGCAUUGCACUAAGGUACCACCUAUUCAUUUGGUCCGUGUUUAGCCCGAAACUAUGCUACUACGCGGCCUGGUCCCUCUAUAAUGUCGUCAUGGAUUUCGCCAUUACCCUGCUUGGCGUUUUGUGA